AUGGCAACAGGUAGAGUUAGAAAGUCUUGCAUCAAAUGUAAUAAAGGUGCAGGUAUUACUAUUUGUGGUGGAUGCGAGGAAUGGUUUUGUACCAGGUGUUUUACAGAACAUCGACAGGAACUUGAUGAAAAGAUGGAUCAUGUCGGUCAACAACAUGAUUUCCUUCACAAACAAUUAACUGAAAAUAAUGUUACACAUCCACUCCAUUUACGCAUUAAUGAGUGGGAGAAUGCAUCAAUUAAGAAGAUUCAAGAAGUGGCAAGAAAAGCAAGAACUGAUCUAAACAGGUAUUUGAGUGAAACAAAAACUGAAUUAAGACAACCACUCGACAAAGUCAAGAAUGAAUUAGCAUUGAGUCGUGAAUUGAAUGAUUAUACCGAGCUGGAGCUAAGAGAAUGGACUGACGAGCUAAACAAACUUCGACAACUGCUUGAGAAACCAUCGACCCUUAACAUUGUUGAAGAUGAUCAAUCCCAGCCACUCAUUUGUAUUGUUCAACAGAAAAGUACGUAA